AUGGCCUCGACUCUGGCCGCCGCGGGGGCUCGCUCCGUUGUCGUGCGCGCUGCGCGUGACUCGAUGCGUGUGGCCGUUCCGGCACCCGUCUGCGCGGUCAGGGCUCAGCCCAGGGGGAUGGCUGCUCGCCAGCAGUCUGCUGAGGGCCGCAGGGGCCUCGCCGUGACACGGCUGGCGUCGGUGGCCGAGGCCAAGCCCGCGGCCCUGACGGCGGAGGGCCUGCAGGCCCCCCACGGCGGCAAGCUGGUCAACCUGCUGGUGCCGGCGGAGGAGCAGGCCGCCCUGGUGGCGUCCACCACCACCACCCUGGAGCUCAGCGACCGCAACGCCUGCGACGUGGAGCUGCUCACGGUCGGUGCCUUCUCCCCCCUGGAGCACUUCAUGUCCCAGGAGGAGUACGACAGCGUGGUGCGGGACAUGCGCCUGCCCAACGGCCUGCUGUUUGGCCUGCCCAUCGUGCUGGACACUGACCGCGAGGACCUGAAGCUGGGGGACAAGCAGCCCGCGCGGUAUGGCAGGUGCCGCAUAAUCGUGCCUUGGUUUUGA